AAUAACUUUUAUAAGCCACGGGGAUUCCCUUGUAUCCGUUACAUCGCAACGGGAGCGGAGAAAAAAAAUGAUGCAUUUUGCAAUCUAUUCCCAUAUAUCACGCUUAGUUUAUUUCUAAAGUAAGCUAUGCUUGUGCCAUCUUUGGAGCAUUUAGACUAUCUUCUAAUUCCUGCUAGAUCAGCGAUAGCAGAUUUAAAAUGUUAUACUCACAGUGGUAGACACUAACCAUUUAGACAGUUAUUCCAUUAUAGAUUUCCAGUUUCUGUCCCAAAUUUACCUUUCUUUUCCUUUUGUUUGUUUUCCAGAUAUUGUCAACUUUUUCCUCUCACAAAUUAAAUUUUCCUGGCAUGCAAAAUCUGGCCACUUAAAAAUAUUACCAUAUUUUGCAAAAACAGUUCAUAUUGCACCCCAUAUGAAAGAGUAAAAAGAGAAUGAAUAAUAAUCAAUCAAUAUAGUUACUGUUUUAUUCAAUUCCUCCUGUUGGACCAAAAAUAAUCACCUCUUCCUGCUUUUUGUAGUAGAUUGUAAAAAGUAUUCAUAGGUUAGGUUUACGUCUGCCAUACUAAAAUUGUGCUGCUCUUAAACAUAAAGUGUAGUUUUUUUUUCAGAAAACGGUAUUAAAAUCAUUUAUAUUCUCAUUUAGAGUCUGUAAGCAAUGUGCCUGUUAAAAAUAAAAAUAUGAAAAUUCCUCGCUCACUUUAAAUUACAUUCCUGUUUACCUUCAUUAUUCCAUGAAUUUUCGAUUAUGUGACGUAAUCAGCGUUUGGAAGUGUCUCUUCAAUCUGAAAAUGAUUUUGAUACCCACAUUCUUACUAUUGAGCAUAAGUUCGUGACAGAAGACAAUUCGACUUUCUGGUCUCAUUGGAUCCUCUUCAUAUUUGCUGUUUUUUUUUUGUCUGACCUCUCCUCAUUUUCACUGUUAUUGUAACUUCCUAAAAUGGCAGUGUUCAGUUGGGUCGCGAUGGGUGGUCAGGUGGUGACUCUGAUUCUGGGUUCCCUCUCAGUCGUCAUGGACAGCUGGUGGCAGUCAGACUUCCCCCUCUCGGCAGGGGGAGGGAACGACUUUGAGGAGGGGCAGGGGGAGGAGAGCAGAACUGGACUGUGGUACCCCUGCCGCAAGAAGUGCGGUUCCGUGAUAGUGGUGCGACUGUGCAUGAGUGUACAACUGGUGCCCUCUGUGCUCUCCUCCUGUGCCAUGAUCGCCUUCUGCACCCGCCUCAUGAACCGACACAACCGCUUCCUCCUCAAGUCAGCCACCAACGCAUCACUCCUGCAGG